CCGCCCGCUGGGCCAAGUUUGCCGAGCGUCGCCGCGCACGCCGGCCAGUCAAUCAGCGGCGGAGCUGAGGAGGGCACAGCCGCGCGGCCGAGGGCAGAGUGAGCCGAGCGGAGCCGAGCCGAGCCAGGAGAGCGGACCCGCGCCGGGCAACCCAGAGCCGCGCGCAGCGAGCGCCCGCCGCCGCCCACGCCCUCCGCGGCCCCGGCGGCGCCUGCCACCUUCCCCUCCUUCCCCGCGCCCCUGUCCCACUGCCGGCCGGCGUGCCCCGUCCGCCGCCCCGCGGAGCCCGGAGCCCACCGGCCCGCGCCUCCGCUCCCGUGGGCCGCGCACCGCCUCCACGCCCUCCGCCUCUUCCCCCCCGGUCGGGCGCCUGGCACCGGGGACCGUUGCCUGACGCGCGAGGCCCAGCUCCACUUUUCGCCCCGCGUCUCCUCCCGCUGCUCUCCCAACUCCUACCCCAACUCCCUCGCCCUCUCGGUCCGCUCGCGAGUCUCCGGCCCCGCGCCGCUCGGCCCGCGCUCGCCACUCUCACCGGGUUCCCAGAGGUGGGAGCGCGUCAGCCCCGGCCCGCACCAUGGCCCGGUUCGGCUUGCCCGCGCUUCUCUGCGCCCUGGCCGUGCUCUGCACCGCGCUGCUGGCUGCCGAGCCCAAGUCGAAAAGUUGCUCGGAAGUGCGACGGCUUUACGUGUCCAAAGGCUUCAACAAGAACGAUGCCCCCACGCACGAGAUCAACGGUGAUCAUUUGAAGAUCUGUCCCCAGGGCUAUACCUGCUGCUCUCAGGAGAUGGAGGAGAAAUACAGCCUGCAAAGUAAAGAUGAUUUCAAAAGUGUGGUCAGCGAACAGUGCAAUCAGUUGCAAGCCGUCUUUGCUUCCCGUUACAAGAAGUUUGACGAAUUCUUCAAAGAACUACUGGAAAAUGCAGAGAAAUCCCUGAAUGACAUGUUCGUGAAGACCUAUGGCCGCUUAUACAUGCAAAAUUCUGAGCUAUUUAAAGAUCUCUUUGGGGAGCUGAAGCGCUACUACGUGGCGGGAAGCGUGAACCUGGAAGAAAUGCUAAGUGACUUCUGGGCUCGCCUUCUGGAGCGGAUGUUCCGCCUGGUUAACUCCCAGUACCACUUCACAGACGAGUAUCUGGAGUGCGUGAGCAAGUACACGGAGCAGCUGAAGCCCUUCGGAGAUGUCCCUCGGAAACUGAAGCUGCAGGUUACGCGUGCGUUUGUCGCCGCCCGCACUUUUGCUCAAGGCUUAGCAGUCGCGAGAGACGUAGUGAGCAAAGUCUCUGUGGUCAAUCCCACAGCCCAGUGUACCCAGGCCUUGCUCAAGAUGACCUACUGCUCCCACUGCCAGGGGCUCGUGAGUGUGAAGCCGUGUUACAACUACUGCUCCAACAUCAUGAGAGGCUGCCUGGCCAACCAAGGCGAUCUUGAUUUUGAAUGGAACAAUUUCAUAGAUGCGAUGCUGAUGGUGGCAGAGAGGCUCGAGGGUCCUUUCAACAUCGAAUCGGUCAUGGAUCCCAUCGACGUGAAGAUUUCCGACGCUAUAAUGAAUAUGCAGGAGAACAGUGUGCAAGUGUCUCAGAAGGUUUUCCAGGGAUGUGGGCCCCCCAAACCCCUCCCGGCCGGCCGGACCUCCCGUUCCAUCUCCGAGGGGGCUUUCAGCGCUCGCUUCAGACCGUAUCACCCCGAGGAACGCCCGACCACGGCGGCUGGCACGAGUUUAGACCGACUGGUUACUGAUGUCAAGGAGAAGCUGAAACAGGCCAAGAAGUUCUGGUCCUCUCUGCCCGGCAGCGUUUGCAGCGAUGAAAGGGUGGCCGCCGGCCGCGGCGCCGACGACGACUGCUGGAACGGGAGAGGCAGGAGCAGAUACUUGUUCGCGGUGACGGGAAAUGGCUUAGCCAACCAGGGCAGUAAUCCGGAGGUCCAGGUGGACACCAGCAAACCAGACAUACUGAUCCUUCGCCAGAUCAUGGCUCUACGGGUUAUGACCAGUAAAAUGAAGAACGCUUACAAUGGGAACGAUGUGGACUUCUUUGAUAUCAGUGAUGAGAGCAGUGGAGAGGGAAGUGGAAGUGGUUGUGAGUAUCAGCAGUGCCCUUCGGAGUUUGAGUACAACGCAACUGACCACUCCGGGAAGAGCGCCAACGAUAAGGCCAGCGGCACUGGCGGCCUUGCCAGGGCACAGCCCUACCUUCUCGCUGUCUUCUGCAGCUUGCUUCUGGUCAUGCAGAGAGAGUGGAGAUAAUUCUGAAUCGUAGAGAAAAAGUUCUCUUCAAAAAGUUAAAAAGGCACCGGUUAUCACUUUUAUACCAUCCUAGUGACUUUGCUUUUUAAAUGAAUGGACAACGAUGUACAGUUUUUACUAUGUGGCCACUGGUUUAAAAAAUGCCGACUUUGUGUUUUCAUUCAGUUUUGUGGGGAAAAGGGACUUGUAUGUAUAAAGGCAGUUCCUGCUCUCCCAGAAUCAUGUUAAACGUGGCUAACAGUGUAGGUACAGAACUGUAGUGAGUUGUGCAUUUGUGAUUUUAUCACUCUUGUUUGUUUGUUUGUUUGUUUUCUUUUUGUUUGUGGGUUUUUUUUUUUCUCCUUCAAUUAUGAUCUCACCUUGUUUCUUACAAGAAAACCAGGGUCCUUUAUUGGCAUGUAACAUGUACGUAUUUCUGAAAUAUUAAAUAGCUGUACAGAAGCAGGUUUAUUUAUCAUGUUAUCUUAUUAAAAGAAAAAGCCCAACAAGCAGUAAAAUGUCCAUUUAUCCCUGUUGAUGGGUUGCCUUCUCUGGAGAGGAGUGGAUAUGAUUUUUUUUUAUUAUUAUUAAGUUAGGACAGAGUGUGAAGGCACAAGGGGGCUUCUGAGCCGCUUGGUAGGUUGGAUUCAGGCUUCAAUGCAAGAAGGCUCUACUUCCCUGAUAGUCGGGGACUGGAAGACACUGCAGACCAUACUCGUCUUGGUUGAACUGAAUUACAUAAACUAAGAUCACAGGUCCGUUUCUCGAACCCGCUUAUACUUAGAGCAGAACCCACUUAGAAGAAGAUUCCUUUUCAGUUCACUCUCCCUAGGAAUAUAGAAGGCGUUCCAGAUGUCUGAGUUAUCACACGUUCACACGUAGUUUAGGGGGUGGGUUUUUGUCUUUUUGUGUCUUAUCCAAGCAAGUUAGCAAGCCGCUGUGUGCUGGUCUUCAUGUCCACACUGACCUGCUUUGAUUUCCUAUCCCAAAGGCAGAAAUAAGUGACCAAGAAACUCAUUUGGUCCCCCUUGUUACAGCGUCCCAGAUUUCACACCCCACCGUGUAGAAUAGGGAACUCUCUGAGGGCCAGCCAGAACCGGGGUACAGUCUGGGCGCCCCAAACAGCUGUCAGCACUCCUCCAGCAAACUUCUCGUCUGUGCAUUUGCGUCUGGUUUUGGAUCCCUGUUUUUGUAAAACAAGGUUUCUAAAGUGUCCUACUUGAGUUGGCUCCCCCAGGCCCAUCUGAUCAGAACGGCAAAGGGCUUGCUGUGGGUCAUGGCCAUGUGCUACCCUGUCAGCCAAGAAGUCCGCUUGGGGCCGUCUGGGGGUCCAGGCUUUUUUCACGUGUUGUCGUUGUUGGCAGGCGGACGGGAGGGACUAGCGAGCCCAGAAGACAAUAGCUUAGUGGUGAUCCUUAGCCACGAUUCUGGGGGCGGUGCGGGGGGGGUGGCAUGGGGAUCUGGCAAAGGCCAGAGCUGUUGGCCCAGGCCAAAGACAACCCCGUUCCUUGUAUCCUUACCAAAUGACAGCUUAGAAAACCAUGAGAAUGGAACAGCUCCCUUUAAAAAGGAGUUCCCAGAAAGUCUUCAAAGAGGGAAGAUCCUGCAAGUCUCUUCCUGUGUUAGGCAGCCAGAUCUCUGACGCCACAGAAGCUAACACCCACGGAGGGUUGGUUUGUGUUCCUGUUGAAUCUUCGGUUGUUAGACUAAUUCUCUAUUUUUAUAUUGAAACAUAAUUACUUGAUAGCUCAGGGUCUACAUUUCAUUCAGCUUUUCACACCAAAUUCUUCAAGAAUGGUCAACAUGGAAUAUUGGGGGCUGUUGUAAACAGAGGCUUAAUUUUAUUAGAAGUAUGCAGUUAUUUAUUAAAGCAUGAUGUUAAUAAAAUAGGCAUAUUCUGGCUGGUG